AUGAACUAAGAAAAUGCUAAAUUAAAAAAAACCAAAGACUCCAUUUUAAUCAAAAAAAAUGGGAAAUAUUCAGAAGAAGUAAGGGAAUUGGCUAGAAAAAGGUAAUUAACAAAAAUAAACAAAAAAGAGCUAUAUAUAUAUUAGUAAUUGAAUGUGGAAUAUUAAUUACUUAUUUGAUUUUUCUUAUUGCUUACUCAAUUUAGGAUAAAUUUAAGCUGCUAUUUUUAAUCAUAUAGAUAGGACUUGUAUUGAUCCUUUAUUUUAAUUAAGGUUUUCUUCUAAAUUCUUUCAAUUUAUUUCUCCGUUCACUCAUUAAUUUUUUUCAAAGAAUACAUAAUAUCCAAAAGUUCUAAUAUGUAAAAAGUAUACUUAUUAUUUAUAGGAUUGUUCUUUUAUAUUGUUUGAUGAUUGCUCCAUUGGUUUUGAUGUAUUUAGAAGUUGAGUAGUUUAUCCUUCCAAUAAUUUUAUAAAUAAUCUUUUUGUUGGUUAAUAUAAUACUUUGCAUUCUGGAUUAGUAUUUGAUAAGAAAAUUUGUAAUUGAUUUUUUGAAAUCUAAAUAAAGAUAUAAUUUAUAAGCUGGUAACAAUUUUAAUCCUUAUAAGAAGCCCUACAUAACCAAAAAAGUUUUGAUGAUUAUUUAAUAAAAAGUAUCAUGAGCAAGUCAGAAGAAAAUCCAUGAGGAAUUUAUUCAAUAGCAGAAUGAUUUU